UUCCGGAAACCCGCGUGGAGUCGUCGCGGCUGCAACGCCGUGCACGGAGGUCGCAAGACGGCGCUUCCUCCUCAGAGGCUCCGGGCGGGCGGCCCGCGCACCUCCCGGGAUGAACCGCUACCUGCUUCCCAUGUCCGUGCUGGGCGCAGCGGUGGGUGGCGUCGUGCUGUUCAAGGAUUAUGUCACAGGUGGGCUUUGCCCCAGCAAGGCCACCAUACCUGGGAAGACAGUCAUUGUGACAGGAGCCAACACAGGCAUUGGGAAACAGACUGCCUUGGAACUGGCCAGAAGAGGAGGCCAUGUCAUCUUGGCCUGCCGUGACAUGGGGAAGUGUGAAGCAGCGGCCAGGGACAUUCGUGGGGAGACGCUCAAUCAUCGCGUGAGUGCCCGGCACCUGGACCUGGCUUCCCUCAGGUCCAUCCGAGAGUUUGCGACGAAGGUCAUCGAAGAAGAGGAGCGAGUGGACAUUCUGAUCAACAAUGCGGCUGUGAUGCGGUGCCCACACUGGACCACUGAGGAUGGCUUCGAGAUGCAGUUUGGUGUCAACCAUCUGGGUCACUUUCUCCUAACUAACCUGCUGAUGGACAAGCUGAAAGCCUCAGCCCCCUCCCGCAUCAUCAACCUCUCAUCCCUGGCCCACAUCGCUGGACACAUAGAUUUUGAUGACCUGAACUGGCAGAAGAGGAACUACAACACCAAAGAAGCCUACUGUCAGAGCAAGCUGGCCGUGGUCCUCUUCACCAAGGAGCUGAGCCGGCGGCUACAAGGUACGGGUGUGACUGCCAAUGCUUUGCACCCUGGCGUGGCCAGGACAGAGCUGGGCCGACACACAGGCAUGCACAAGUCUUCCUUCUCCAGCUUCACGCUUGGGCCCUUCUUUUGGCUGCUCUUCAAGAGCCCCCAGCUGGCAGCCCAGCCCAGCACCUACCUGGCCGUGGCAGAGGAGCUGGAGGAUGUUUCCGGAAAGUACUUUGAUGGACUCAAAGAGAAGGUGCCAGCCCCUGAGGCUGAAGACGAGGAAAUAGCUCGGAGGCUUUGGGCUGAAAGUGCCCGCUUGGUGGGCUUGGAGGUGUCCCAUGGGUCCUCCGUGAGGGGACAGGUCCUGCCCAGGUAACCUCUGCCGGGUCUGCCCCAGGGUCAGCAGGCAGCAACGCGGUUGUCAUCCUCCAGGGGGCAUGGUGGGCCACGCAAGCCAGGGAACCUUCUGGCUGGAGAUGCCCGGUGCGCGCCCGCCUCGUCCUCUAGGGGCAGUGUUGGCACUGUCUCAUGUGGCUUCAGUGACUUGGACUGCAGGUGCGUGGGCACUGCUGGCUGGCGUGUGACCUGUUGCCCGGGGGCGUCACCGGCCAUCCGAAGGGGAGGAAGCCCCUCAGGAGCAGCAGUGGUGGCCAGGGUGGCAGGCUCUCCUGUGUGGCCUCCCUCCCCUCCUCUGAACCUGGGGUCUGCAGAAGGAGCACUGUGAACUUGCCCUGUGGCCUGUGGACCCAGUGAAGGGAGCUCACGCCCUUGUGCCUUUGUGCCCAGGACCCGCUGUCCUGGCCCAGUGGCUGGGUUCCUGAAGGAGGUGGAUACAGACCCGGCCUGGUACCACAUGGCCCCCCCAGGGACACACAGAGGCUGCGAUCACCACCUCCUUCCAGUUCCUAUGGUUGUUCCAACUUCAAACUCGAUUCUUAGUAAUAAAAAUUCCCCCAAAUGUC